AUGACUGUUCUCACUUCACAACCUUGGGCUUUGACUCGCAAUACUGAACAUUCCCGGGACUGGGAAAUGUUUCAACCACGGACUGACGCUGACGCGCAGCUGAUUCAACUGCCUCCUCUCAAACAGGUUUUUCCAGACCUUGACUUGAGUUCAAGGGGGAAUGAUGAUAGAUCACAACGCUUUGGCAGCGGUGAUUUCCGGUUCAGGUCUCCCGACUUUAACGCCUCACCUCACAAACGGAGAAGAUAUGAAGACGAUGCAGAGGCGGAGGCGGCUCACCAAAGACACGUACCACGGGUGCAUCGUAACCCUAGACACCGAGUCCCCAUCUCUCCUCGCCAAAGUCCUUCUGCACCAAGGACCUCAGAAAGAUGGCCCCCUGCUCAUGAAACGACAGUCUCGCCUGGUUCAUCCUAUUCUCUCCCUACGCCAAUGGAAGUACAAGACUUGUCAAGGCCACACAUGCCUCUACCAAGCUUGCGAACAACAAUGAAUUUCGAAAAUGAGUCCCGAAAUAGCCUGGAUAGCUCCCGGAGCAGCUCUCGAGAGUACCCGAGAACGUAUAGCCAAGAUUAUACCCACUACAACACUCACAACCACUAUCAGUCACAACCUCCAAGCCCUAGUCGACCUUAUGAUCGAGCACCCUACUCAGCAGGUGUAUAUCCCCACUACAUGGAGCCAAAUCAUACAAGCCACUAUGGAGAGUUGGGAGCCAUGGCUGGUGAGAGCAAGCAGCGAAAACGCCGCGGCAACCUGCCCAAGGAGACGACCGAUAAGCUACGGAGCUGGUUCCUUGCGCACCUGUCGCACCCGUACCCUACAGAGGAUGAGAAGCAGGAGCUGGUGCGCCAGACUGGACUGCAGAUGAAUCAGAUUUCCAAUUGGUUCAUCAACGCAAGGCGACGCCAGCUACCUACCAUGCUCAAGAACGAGGCCGAUGCUGCAGGGCGAGGCAUUGCCAGCAGGGAAGGCAAAUCUACGGAUCCCUCGUCUGUUGCCUCGUCGCCUAUGAGCGAGGUUGCCCAUUCGAGCGAUGAGAUUCUUCAGCGCCAUCAGGGCGGCGGAAGCUUAAAGCGGGGCAGUGUAUGA